AGCUGCGUUAGCCAUGCGGGCUGCUAAUUCAUUAAAUUUAGCGCAGUGGUGACUUCUUGAGUAUGUAAGCAGUAUGUUUUCACUCCCACAUACUCAAAAGGAAGGGAAACUUACUGUAUCGACGAACAUGAUGGCCCUAGGCCUAUGGAAACCAUGGUUAUGGAUAUAAUUGUUUUGAUAUAAUUGUUUCUUUCUAAUUCUUUGCUUAAGGCUGUCGUCCCCGAAAAAAGUUGGAAUUUUUUUAAAGAGAACGCAGGAAAAUGGUUCCCGACCGAACACAUGAGGAAGGCUUCGUUAGAGAUUGCGGAGUUUUGCCGAAUUUUAGAACACGAAGGAGUGAAGGUUCGACGACCGGAUGUCCUCGAUCAUUCGAAAUCGUAUUCCACGCCUGAUUUCAGCUCGACGGGAUUGUAUUCAGCGAUGCCACGUGAUCUCCUGCUUGUGGUUGGUGAGGAAAUCAUUGAAAGUCCAAUGGCUUGGAGGUGUCGUUUCUUUGAGUAUCGUGCAUACCGCCGUUUGAUGAAAGAAUAUUUCAGAGAGGGCGCUAAGUGGACAACAGCCCCUAAACCACAAAUGAGCGAUGAGCUUUAUGACAUGGUAGGUACUGCGAUGUUUUGCAUUAGGUUUUACAGUUGAUGUUUCUAUAUGAGC